AUGCUGAGAUUUUUGGCUUUCUUUUCAAUCAAUGCUCUUGUCAUUCACAGCCAGACACUACCCGCUUGCACAUCCUGUCCACCGAAUGGCAUUUGGUCGGAUUGGAGCGAUUCCGGGAGUUGCUCGGCGACUUGUGGCUUAUUUGGGACAGUGACUCAAACGAGAACGUGCACAUCAGCGUCGGCGGGAUGUCCGUGUGAUGCCGCAAACACGAGUCGAACGAUCGCUUGCCCGGUGUCCCCGCUUUGUCUCGGAACGAUCGACCAACAAUGCAUGUCCCCUUACACAAAGUGGGCAAACAAUGAUCUGAAAAAAAGCGUGUGCGGCAAUGUGACCUCAUCAGAUGAUUAUGUGCCACCAACGUGCACGAUG